UGUAAUAUGAGAGGCCUCGUCAGUGCCUACAUGUAGUGUGGUACAAUGUCGUUUCAGACGAGCAUCAUGAGACUGCAACAGUUAGAGAGGAUGAUGGGGCUAUCUGACUUCAGCAGCAGAUACUGGGAUCCGAGCACCAUGGCGCAUCACAGCAACACCGAGCCGCGGUCUUACGCCAAUGAAAAAACCCCAUCGACGGGACCUGUGGAGCCAGAUGUCGCCAGCGAUCCUGCAAGUGGUGGAUUUUUCGCAGCCGACUACAAAAAGCAUGAAGAUUUGAAGUCCAUGCUGGAUGGAAGCAAGGAUAAUCUGAAACUUGAGGCCAUGAAGAGAAUCAUUGGAAUGAUUGCAAAGGGUAAGGACGCAUCAGACCUUUUUGCCGCUGUCGUCAAAAAUGUUGUCUCCAAGAGCAUAGAGGUCAAGAAGUUGGUGUACGUUUACCUGGUGCGCUAUGCUGAGGAGCAGCAAGACCUAGCCCUGCUGUCCAUCAGCACAUUCCAGAAAGGCCUGAAGGAUCCUAACCAGCUGAUCCGAGCCUCAGCCCUGAGGGUCCUGUCCAGCAUCCGCGUUCCAAUGAUCGUCCCGAUCAUGAUGCUGGCAAUCAAGGAGAGCGUGAACGAUAUGUCACCCUACGUCAGGAAGACUGCUGCCCAUGCUAUCCCAAAGCUAUACAGUCUUGAUCCCGAGCAGAAGGACCAGCUAAUUGAAGUCAUUGAAAAGCUACUGGCCGACAAGACCACGCUUGUGGCCGGCAGCGUGGUGAACGCCUUUGAGGAGGUUUGCCCAGACCGCAUCGAUCUCAUCCACAAGAACUUCCGCAAGCUGUGCAACCUGCUAAUUGACGUGGAAGAGUGGGGGCAGGUGGUCAUCAUCAACAUGCUGACUAGAUAUGCCAGGACACAGUUCCUGGACCCAAACAAAGCCGACAUGAUUCAAGAGGAGCAAGAGAAGUCGUUCUACGGAUCAGACAGCGACAAGGGGGAUGAGGAGGAGAAGGACAAGGAACCGGUCAAGAAGCCCUAUGUAAUGGAUGCCGAUCACCGCCUCCUACUUAGGAGCGUCAAGCCCCUCCUCCAGAGUAGGAAUUCAGCCGUGGUGAUGGCUGUUGCACAGAUGUACCACCAUCUGGCUCCGAAAAACGAAGUUGGCAUGAUUGCUAAGCCUUUGGUCCGACUACUGAGGAGUCACAGGGAGGUUCAGUCCGUUGUCCUCAGCAAUGUUGCCACCAUGAGUGCCAAGCGGCGCGGCAUGUUCGAGCCAUUCCUAAAGAGCUUCUUCGUCCGGUCCAGCGACCCCACUCACAUCCGGCUUCUCAAGCUGGAGAUUCUGACCAACAUCGCCAGCGAGACCAGCAUCGCCACCAUCCUGCGGGAAUUACAGACCUAUGUGACCAGCUCUGACAAGGACUUUGUAGCAGCCACCAUCCAGGCCAUAGGCAGGUGCGCCAGUAACAUCUCGGAGGUGACGGAUUCCUGUAUGAAUGGGCUCAUGGGACUGAUGUCCAACAGAGACGAGGCCGUUGUGGCUGAGAGCGUGGUGGUGAUCAAGAAGCUGCUUCAGAUGAAUCCCACGGAGCACAAGGAGAUCAUCCGUCACAUGGCCAAAUUGGCCGAUGCCAUCACGGUUCCCAUGGCAAGGGCCAGCAUCCUGUGGCUGAUCGGCGAGUACUCGGACAGGGUGCCCAAAAUAGCUCCCGACGUCUUGCGCAAGAUGGCCAAGGACUUCACCAACGAGGAGGACAUUGUCAAGCUCCAGAUCAUGAAUCUGGGAGCCAAGCUCUACCUGACCAAUUCCAAGCAGACCAAGUUGCUAUUCCAAUACGUGCUGAACUUGGCCAAGUAUGACCAGAACUACGACAUCCGUGACCGGGCUCGCUUCCUGCGCCAGCUCAUCUUCCCCGGGGAGAAAGGCGGGGCCCUCAGCAAGCAUGCCAAGAAGAUCUUCCUGACCCCCAAGCCGGCGCCCGUCCUUGAGUCCGUCUUCAAGGACCGAGACCAGUUCCAGCUGGGUUCACUGUCCCACAUCAUUAACGCCAGGGCCUCGGGCUACAUCGAGCUGCCAGAAUUCCCGGAGGUGAUGCCAGAUCCAACCGUUCGCAAUGUGGAGGAGAUUCGGCCCUGGGCCAGCAAUGACAAGCUGUCCUCCAAGAAGAAGCCAGCUCGCAAGUCCAAGUCGUUCUACUCCAGCAGCAGCUCGGAAGCGGAGGAACUCUCUGGCUCAGAAUCCAGCAGCGACGAAUCGGAAUCCGGCAGCGAGUCAGGGAGCAGCUCCUCGGAGAGUGGCAGCGAGGGCAGCACCAGCUCCUCGGAGGAGUCAUCCAGCGAGUCAUCGAGCAGCGAGGAGAGUGACUCAUCCUCGGAAUCGUCGGGUAGCGAGGAGAGCGACUCAGACAGUGACGUCCCAGCCAAACCCGUCAAGAAGGCCACGCCCAAAGCCACACCCACCAAGACGAAAGGUAGCAAAAAACAAGAAGCCAAAGACAACCCGUCCAAUAUGCAGCUCCUGAAUUUUGAUGACUUUGGUCCCUCAGUGCAGGCAUCGGGAGCUGGAUUAGGCAGCGGGAUCCUCACCCCGGCCUUGGCGACUGAUCUACAAGGUCUCUCCAUCAGCGACAAAUCCCCAGGAAUGACGGUGAGCAGUGCUAUGUUUACGCCCACCCAGACCUUCGAGCUGCUGAACCGCAUGAACAGCCAGGGUCUGGCUGCGACCUACCGCUUCACCCGCAACGUCUGCAUCUAUUCCACGACCAUGGUGUCGGUGGAGCUCAACUUCACCAACAGCAGCGAUGCCGUGAUCCAGUCAAUCAAGCUAGGAGAAAGUAAGCUCUCAGCAGGUAUGAAGCUGCACGAGUUUCCCGAAGUCACCAAUCUGGGCGUGGGCAAGUCUGUCUCCGUCACGUUGGGCGUCGACUUUGCCGACACGACGCAGCCUGCCAACUUUGAAAUCUGCACGGAGAGUCGUAAGUUCAGUGUCAGCAUUAAGGCCCCUGUGGGAGAGCUUCUGCAGCCAAUCAGCAUGAGCGAGAGAGAAUUCCUGUCGGAACAGAGUAAGCUUACUGGUAUGAAUGAGAACUCAGACAAGGUCACCAUUCCAGAGGUCACCAACAAUGAGAAGGCAAUCAUCACCCGGGUCGCCGAGGUGUCCAACGUGCAAAUAGUUCCGGCCAGCGAGCCCGAAAACCUGAUAUUCCGAUUUGCCGCCAAGACCCUGUCCAACGGGUCACUGGUCCUGGUGACUGUUGGCAAGGGCAAGAUCACGACCAACUGCGAGAAGAUGGUCAUCGGCAGUAUGCUGGUUAAAGAUAUUAAGAAGUCCCUCCUCAAGGUAUGACACCCCUAAUGGUGGAGUGGAUCUAUCCAGUUGUCAAUGAAAUAGUCGCUCCAUUGGGUAUCAUGGGGGGAGGGUUGUUUGAGUUCAGCAUUGUAAAUCCUUUAUGAUUAUGUAUCAAACUUCCAAAUUCAAAAACAGUAAAAAUAUGGGAUGAUAUUUGUUCUCUCUGUGGGAAUUCUAGUCUUUAAAUGAUAAAUCACAAGUGCAGCUUUAUGUAGCCUCUUAUUUGGAAUGUCUAAAUUGGGUAAUUUCUAGUCAUCAAGUUCAACUGCGAAGAAAAUAUUAAUGCUUAAGAACAUUGAAGUGAUUGAGAGAUCAAAACAUUUAUUCCUGUGUGUUUGUAUUAAGAAAGUUGACGGAUAUUUUGUGGUAGCCCCUGUAGUCCAUGUACAUGUGUACAUUUUCAUGUGCUCAAGUUGUCAUGCAAAGCAGGUUUAGUGCCAACUUAGAUCAAAGAAUCAAGAUAGUUCCAACCGGAUUUACCAGUUGGCUGCUUCUGCUUGCAAUUUUUAUUUUUCAUGACUUGACAUUUUAUAUUGCUAUUUGAAAGGCCAAAAAAAAAUUGAGCAAGGAGCUGAACUAAAAGUAUGGGUCCGGGCAAUCGGUUUUUAAAUCUUUGGAAAAUGUCGGCAAGAAGGAAACAUUAUUUUCUAAAUGCAUUUAUGGAAGGGAUAUUUGUACACGUUUGGUUAUUUAUUUUCUAAACACCAGUGGACCUGAAUCCUCAGCAGUUAUAGGAUUCAAGACUUUUAGGACCAGUGUCUUCUGGUCUGGGAGUUACAGCUCUCGCUUUGGAGAAACUUCUAAUCCUCAAAACGUAGAUCGAUAAAUUUGUGCAUUAUCAAGGAAUACAUUGGCAAGUCAUCGUGAUAAACUUGAAACUGUGUUAGAAGACCUGUGCUAGAACUCUUUCUGCUUCCUUUGAGAGUAAGCAAAGCUUGGUUGUCAGUCAUUGUAUCUGUGUGGAGCAGCCGUGCUCGAUAUCAAUACAUAGAAAACAAAACUAGUAGCCUAUGUAAGAUGUGAGUGAUUCUGUUGCCAGGUUGCAAAAGCAAGCGUCAUUUCAGUCAGUGAUUUAAAGAGUAGUAAAAUUUUGCUCCCACCCACAUUUGUACCUGAUCAAGAUAUAUGAAUGAAUUUAGCGUUGUAUGCAUCACAUGGUCUCGCUCUUCGUUGUUUUUAUCUUUGGUCAUAAUCUUGUCAGCGUGAUCGUUAAUAUACCGUGUCUGUUAAUGAGACUGCCCGUGGCGAUUUGUGGACUUGUAUUUAACUUCAGAUGAAUUUGCAAAUAGUUAUUUCAAGCUUAACUGUUUCAAAGAUAAUUCCAUAUGUUACGAGAUAGUGUGUGCCGGGGGGGGUAUCCAACUUGAUUCAAGCUUCAUUCCAAAGAGAUUGCUGAAAGGUAGAAAAGUUAGAAGUAUAAAGCCCAGCACCCAGUGGUCCAUUUGCAGGACAAUUACAGAACGUUGGAAUCACAAAGUAUGGACCCAUUUUCCUGAAAAGGGGUAGAGGUAUAUUUCUUCUGGAAAGAAAUUGAUAGCAGAGAAUACAGGCAAUGCGUUUGAAGCUAUGACAUGCAUUGUUAAAAUAUGAAUGUUUUCAAAAUAACAUAUAGAUAUUUUAUUGUUAAGCUUUCUAUAAGUAUUAACCUAAUAACCUUAAGCCAGUACAUGAAGUAUCAACAUAAGUGACUUUAAAUAAAUGUUCAUUAUCGAUGCCUGACAAAAAGAAA